UUUCUUUUCCCUCUCCUGUUUGGAGACUUGGGCUCCAUAGCAUACAGUUAAGGCCUGAGAAAGAAACAAACAUAAGGGAAGACUUGUGGCCGAAAGGGCUACGACAGUGCCAAUCUUGUGUUCAAGGAAAAAUUGGAUUACGUAGAAAGAGUGAGUUUUAACGGCAAAAUAAAGAACAAGAAGUGAUGAGUGUUUUCGGUGGUGAUAGCUGGGCAAGAGAAGCACAAUACAGGAAAAGAAGAGUUGAUGAUCUUGUGAUAGACGGACUUGAUGGGUCUUCUCACAAGAAGCUAUCUAGUGGGAAAUACGCAUGUCUUGUUUGCCCUCACAAUCCCGUCCUCGAAUCUCCCCUCGCGCUCUCUAUGCAUUGUAAGGGAUCCCGACAUAUUGCUGCGGCGUCCAAGCUGAAGGAAAAAGAAUUGAUGAGACAAAGUGAGAUUAAUAAAAGAUUAGCGUUAUCAGAAUCUGAUGUUAUGCUUGCUAAUCCAAGUGCUUUGAACAAAAAUACCAAGUUAGUGAGUAAGCCAUUGAUUGAAAAGACAAAGAGGGCUGCUACCGAGAUACUUGGCAGGGGAACUGCCCAGUUGAGUUCCAAAAAUCAAAACUGUGAUCUGAAAUUGAGCGUGGGAUAUGUAAAUAUUAUGAAUGUUGUGACCAAAAUCUGCGAAAACAGCUCAUGUCUGGAAGUAAUAGCAUCUGAGAAGACGCCUGUGCAACAGCACUUGGAUUUUAGGGAGCGGCGAGAGAGGGAGCUGAAGUUCACUGAAGCGGGUUGGAAGCGUGAUUGCCAUGGAAGAUGGUUUAGAGAUGAAAAUGUGGAAUUUGAUUCUGAUGAAGAAGAUCCGAAUGUCUAUCUUGGUUAAAAAUUUAAACAAAGAUCAUCUGCAAAGACUUUUGAUAGAAUGCUAGUGUGAUUAUCGACAACAUUACUAAUGUUGGUUACUCGAGCUGCAUGGGCGACAACUUUCUUUGGUUUUCAAGAAAUGCAGAAAAAUCUUUCUUCUAUCUUGAUACCUUGAGGAGAUAAAGAUGGAUAGCUUGAUCCAGAUUUUCAAUCAAUUGGCAACUGGCAACUGGCAACUGGAAUGUGCUGUAGAUAUCCAUGUUGUAGUUAAAUUCUUUGGGCCGUGGUCGGUGUUUAUGCAGGCAGCAGCAACAUGGCUUUAUAUGGAUCCUUAACAACUAGUUUUCUUGUUUUUUUUUUAUUUUUCAGUAAUGAUCUAUAGUGACUGGUUGAGCAUAUUAUAUAAUGCUAGUUUUUGUGGAUUGUGCUUUAGAGCUGAAUAAUCCAAUUACAUUUUGUACUGUACAAAUCAUGGCCUUGUAGGGUGGCCGAGAGUGGUGAGAUCAGUUCCCCCUUAAUAGGUCGAAGAGCAAAUCAAACAUCUUCAUUUGUCCAUGUUAGAUUUUGAGUAGCGUUCACACGAUUCUGUUGUCCAAUCAGUGAAUACAUAAAUCAAAUCAAAGUCUGUAAUAUAGUAGUAAACAGUUCAGAGCUAGAUGUUCAACAUGUCUGAUAUGGUGAAUUGGUCACAGCAUUGCAUGCAGAGAAGAUAAUAAAGUGUAGCCUUGUGGGGAAACCCCAGACCGUGCAUUUAGCUACCAUGAUUGCGUUGUGCAUCACAUUUUUGGCUACCAUGUGUAGGGGUGGUCCAACCGACACCUUCCAUGGUGAUUAUUAGAUGGAUGUUGAUUGUACCUUGCUUGGUCACUCAUGGUGGCCCCCUCCAUCCCGGUUCAUGCUAUUCUCAAUGACUGGAUAAGUCAUGCUGAUGGGAAGCUAAGCUUCCAUGGAUUUGUCAAGUUGUUGCAUGGUACAUCCAGCCGAACCAUUGCAAAGGCACAGUGAAGAGUUAUUAUAUCUCUUUUCUGUUGGAUGGGCUUAUUAUUCUUUGCUUCCGGGACAAGAAAAAGGUGUGCUACAGUAACUAAGGUGCACCUCAACUGCUCACAUCAAUAGCGUAUCUGGAGCUUUGUUGAGCAUAACUUCUUGAGUACCAUUCCCUGCAUAUUACAAACCUUAGCCCUCAUUCCAUUUCUAAGGAGUCUGAACCAUUCAGAACGUGAAUAACCGUGAAGUAUAACUGUCAUCAUGGUGUAAAGAUAUAUAGUUUAGGUUUUGCCCGAAUAGGCAAAGAAUAUUCCAUGUUCCCACAGUAGAUGCUUUACACAUUUCAAAUCUUGCUCCUAAUUAUUGCAGUUAAUACAUGGUUGUGUUUAUUUA